AUGAAUUUUGGGGUGCGCUUCUCGUACGAUUUCGGGAUGUGCAUGGGCCGCUGCUUCGGCGGGAACAUGUGCACAGGCGCAGACGAUUGCAGGGUCCACUACGAGACAUUCGGCUUCAACCCGGGCUGCAACAAUUUCUGGGACAUGUACCCCUUCCCUGACUUCAAGACGCCAGCGCCUGGCGGCAUCUGGUACUCGCUGCCAUUGAGCGGCCGGUGCGAGGAGGGGAGCCCACGGGCGCGCGGAACUGCACGUGGAGCUUCGAGGACGCCGGCUGGGUGUCCCUGGAGGACGACGUCGAGGCGACCAGACCAGGGGGCGACAACUGCUGCCCAUCCGACAGGUGCACGUCGUUCUGGGACCGCCAGUUCGACGAGGGACGGCGCCACCAGCGAUCGCGUCCGGAGCAUCCUGGACGCCCUCGAGCAGAAGUAUCCAGACUGGCCCCGGGAGCUUGGCCAGGGCCCGUGCGACUUCAACAGGAGGAGAAGUGGUAUGCCGACGGCAACGACGAGUGGCCGCGGACAGACCCGUGGGCCACGCCAGCACCCGCGACUACCAGUGGUGAGGACGAGGGGAAGAGCGGCGAGGAGGACGCCGUGGCCUCCGAGGACGGCGAGGCGGAGCCCGAGGAGGUCGACGAGGCCAACGAGGGCGACGCCGUGGCUUCCGAGGGCGAGGCGGAGCCCGAGGAGCGCGAGGACUCCCGAGGACCACGGCUCGAACCAGGACGACCGCUCGCCCAAGGACGAUUACUCCCCCGAGGUCACGACGGGGCACGCGACGCCAACGCAGGAACCCAGACCUGCUCUUCGAGCCGGUCGAGGAGACAGGAGACACCUGCCUCCAGACAAGCUUCCUGUGAUCGAGGAGGCAGACGGGGACGGCAAGUACGACUGCAAAGACGGGCUCGCCAGCUGGGAGGACGAGUGGGUCCUCGCCAAGGCGCUCUGGUGCUGCAAGCACGAGAACCUCGGGUGUUUGGACGAGUUCGUGCUCAGGAAGCUGACUGGCAGCCAGCGUGUACAAAGCUGA